UAUGACAAUACGAGAGCUUUGGCGGAGCUCGAGCGCAACAGCAAGUUCAAGAGGCUGGCCUUCAAGCAAGGCAUGAUUCGGCCCUUUCUGCUCCUGGCCUCCAUGCACCCCGAGACCCGCGCCACCUGGGCCAAGACCCUCGAGCUCGACCUGCUGGCCCAGCCCUUCUUCGGUGACGCCCACGCUGAGGCCUGGUACGGCUCCACAAUCAAUCCUGUUCAGCGGUUCAUGAUUGACAAGAACCGCCAGGGCAUACAGGCGCGGGCCAACCUGGCGUUCAAGGAGAGCCUCAACCCGUUUGCCAACAACUGCAACUGGUACGAGAUCGUGGAGCGUGUCACCCGCAAGGCCUUUGCCAAGGACAAGCGCCACCUGGACGCCGACCUGCGCCGCGAGAUCAAGGCCGCGCCGCGCAAGUUCGGGCAGACCAUCGGGCCAUGCCGCGACCCGCACGACCCCACUGCGCAGCACAUGGAAGAGCUCAUGUUGCGGGCCUUCUUGCGGUUGGUCGUGGCGCAGUUGUCUGAUGGGGAGCGCCAGGCGAUCGAUGAUAUGGGGGAGGAGCAGGACGACACCGACGAGCUUCGACAGCGCAUGAGGGCCGCCGGGUGGACCGAUCCGGGCCUGAUCCGCUUCACCAUCGGCCUGGCCCAGUACGAAAGAGCAAAGGCCGAAGCGAUGGAAAGCCUGGCGGAUGACAAGGCCGAGGCCAAAUAUGGCAAGGAGGCCUUCUGCAUUGGCUUCAAUAUUGGUAUCCUGCAACAGAGGCUGUGGCUCAGCCUGGCUGGCAUCAGCAUUGAGGAUUAUUAUCCAUAA